AUGAUCUUAGUUUCCGGAAUCGGAACCAUUAUUUAUUUCACUACUAAUUCCAAAAACACAGAAACUAAGUCCAACACUAAAGAAGAAAAAGUCCAACAACUCCAAAGGCAAUUAAGCCAAAUCAAACAAGCCUUAACCACUUUAAAUCAAAAUAUCACCCAAACUGAAUCUUCCUUACAACAAAAACGAGCCGAACAAGUCCAAACUCCUCGGAGCAGUUUACAAACUGAGAUUAACCAGUUAGAACAACAACUAACUACUUACAAAUCACAAAAGCAAAGAUUAGAAACUAUUAUCCCUAAAUUAGAACAGCAAAUUAGUAAUUUUGGCAAAGGGGAAAAUAAUUCGGAAUCAAACCAAGAACAAAUUGUUGAGCAAUUAGAGCAAGAAAUUAAAGAAAUUAAUCAGGAGUUAGGAAUUAAAGAAGAACCAGAAAAAAAGCCUGAUAAUCCACAAAAAGAACCUGAACUUCCCAAGAAAAAAGAUAAUAAAUUGCCUAACAAAGAUAAAAAACCUAAUCCUAACUCUGAUAAAGACAAGCCCCGUUAUAAACCUUCUAAUAUUGAAUCAUUUGAAAUUGCUAAAGGCUGA